GCCUGGAAGGUUGGCAUAGCUAAAGGUUGGUGUACUGGCUGUGGUGGCCUGUUCAACACUCUGGACCUGGGUGCGUGUGUGGGGGAGUGUGUUAACGAUUAGCGACUUGGUUGGACUAUCCAGGUUCCUGCUAAAGGUGGUUAGAGUGCCCACCCAUUGGGAGAGUGAGUACAGUUGGUGGGUAAGGUCGGUACACCCCUACGGUACAGUUUGGUUGGUUUGUUGGUUGCCAGGUGAAGGGGCAAAACAGUGUGGCUCCUUGUGGUCUGAGGUGUUUUGAGGAUGUCUAUGAGGAUGAAGAUGGGAGAGAGGAUGGACCUUCUCCUGUGGGUGGUGUGUGCUUGCCUCUGCCUCACUCUCACUGGAGCGUCAGAAACAGAGAAGCUGCUUCACCAGAAGAUCUUCCGUAACUACAACCUGAAGGUCCGGCCAGCUAAACAAUGGGAGGAGAGAGUCCAGGUCCGAGUGGGGAUGACCCUCUCUCAGCUCGUCAGCCUGAAUGAGAAGAACGAGGAGAUGACAACCAACGUGUUCAUGAAUAUGGCAUGGACCGACUACAGAUUAUCAUGGAAUCCAGAGGAUUAUGAUAAUAUAGACGUCCUCAGGAUUCCUUCCAACAAGGUGUGGCGGCCAGACAUCUACCUCAUCAACAAUAAUGAUGGUCAGUUUGACGUGGCUCUGUAUGUCAACGUGCUGGUCUACAGUGAUGGGACAGUCAACUGGCUGCCUCCUGCUAUCUACCGCAGCAGCUGCCCUAUAGAGGUAACGUACUUCCCAUUUGACUGGCAGAACUGCACCAUGGUGUUCCGCUCCUACACCUACGACUCAUCAGAGGUGGACUUGCAGUACGCCCUGGAUGAGAAAGGAGAGGAGAUACAUGAGAUUAUCAUAGAUGAGAACGCCUUCACUGAGAACGGGGAGUGGGCGAUCUGCCAUAAGCCCAGCAGGAAGAACGUGAACCCAGAGGACCUGUAUGAAGACAUCACCUUCUAUCUCAUCAUCGAGAGGAAGCCUCUCUUCUACGUCGUUAACAUCAUCGUGCCCUGCAUCCUCACCAUGGUCCUGGCCAUCUUUGUCUUCUAUCUACCACCUGGCGCAUGUGAGAAGAUGACCCUGUCCAUCUCUGUCCUCAUCGCUCUCACUGUGUUCAUGCUGCUGCUGGCUGACAAGGUCCCCGAGACCUCCCUGGCCAUCCCUCUUAUUGUUAACUAUGUGAUGUUCACCAUGAUCCUGGUCACCUUCUCUGUCAUCCUCAGUGUGGUGGUCCUCAACUUGCACCAUCGGACCCCCUACACACACAUUAUGCCCCCUUGGGUGCGCAAGGUGUUCAUCCACUUCCUGCCGAAGUACCUGGGCAUGCAGAGGCCCCACCCAGAGGAGCCUUUGGAGGAGGAGCCUAGUGAUGACACGCCCCUCCAGAGCAUCGACGGACGCAGGCCGGGGGGAGAGUACUUCUUCAGGAAGAUCAACCCUGAACUGGUCCUACCCUGGAGAGGCAGGAGUGAGAGUACAGUGCAGCUCCAGAGGUUCUUUGACAGUGACAACUACUGUCUGAUCCUCCCCCCGGACCUCAAGUCAGCCAUCGCUGCUGUCACAUACAUGGCUGAGCAGCUGAAGAAGCAGGACGGCACCGACUCGGAGACAGGAGACUGGCAGUACAUAGCCAUCGUGGUAGACAGGCUGUUCCUGUGGCUGUUUGUCAUCAUCACUACUCUGGGGACUCUGGCCAUGUUCAUGGACGCCAGACUCAACUACACCCCAGACGAACCCUUCCCCCUGAGGCCGUAGUCCGUUCACACACCCCAGCACAGCCACUCUGGUGCUCACAAGGGAUUACAAGAACUACACUUCCCAUAAUUCCAUAGCUGAGUGCCAACUUGUUUUGUAUGACUAGGACCAGAGGUUUUCCCAGGUAAAACUCAGUGUCCUAUGUAUAAUGUAUUGUUGUAUUGUUCGGGAUGACACAGUACCAUGUACUUUUAUAUGAAUAGUCCCCUUCUCUGAUCCUACUCCUUCAUGAAAGCAAUAUAAUCUAAUAUAGACGGUUUAUAGAUUAGCAUCUACUUAAAUAGGACAAAUAUAUUAUUUAUAGAAGUUAUGAAUUGUAAUAUAUUUGAUAUUCUAAUGUGUUUGAAUUUGAAAGGCAAUACACUGCUUGUAGUAUUAAAUAACUGAUUUAAUGUACCAUCCGUUGUCAUAGGAUUAUUCUCUGUAGACAGGUUAGCCUGGGUGCCAGUCUGUUUCUGCCCUCUUGCUAACUCUUUAUGGAAGUGUUGUGCCAUGUUUGGGAGUUGGCAAGAGCACAAACAGAUCUGGGACUAGGCUGUAGUGGUUUCUCUAGUCUGGAUGUAAACUAACCAUGCUUGUAUUGGCAGAUUGACUCGAUUGUUGGCCUCAUUAAUUUGCUUAAGAACAUCUGUUAUGAUCCUCCCCUGAUAAAACUCUACAUCCUCUUAUACCAAGCUAUACUAAUGGCCCAUUCAAACCCAUAGUCUGCCUCUGAAAUGGCACCCUAUUAACUAUAGGGUCCAUAGUGCUCUGGUCAAACAUUACAUAGGAUGCAUCCCUAGAGUGAUUUAUAGAGGUAGAAAUGAAAAAUGAAAGGAUGUUUUGGGAGUGUGAAAGAAUGGUGAUGAACCUCUCACCACCUGCAGUUAGUCAUUUUGACAUAGGGGGGCAGCAGACUGCAGUGUGUAUUUGCCUUCUACUGUUAUUAGCGCCACCACACCAGGUCAGAAGAAUGGGAGUAUGUGAUGGCAUUACUGUCGCUUUCACUUUGCUUUUCAGCUAUUUCAAAAGAUCUGAGUACAUUCAUAAGACAUCACAUCAGAGUUGUUCUUUAUUCCUUGUAUCCUGUGGAGAAUCUGAAUAAACAUGAUGUAUGUUUUCUUUCCACAAUGAUCAU